CUCUGAGGGCUGUGAUAGGCGGGCACCGCAACUGUGGUGGUGCCCUCUCAGGCCCAGGGUGGCCCACCAGGGGUCAGAGGGGUUUGCCCUUGGUGGAGUGCGGGGAGGGGGUCUUAGAGGAUUCCCCUCUUCCCAAAGCCGCCUUCCCAGCCCCAUCACCCCCCUCACCCCCUUUUCCCGGUGAGCCACCCGGGAUCCACCCGUCCGGAGAGACCGUGGGGGACCGGCUCCCGCCCGGGCCCCGAAAGAUGCUGUGACCCGAAGAUGGGGUCGCGGAGCAGCGGCGCAGGGUCAGGGGCCGGAGAUCCCUCGGAGGGCCUGCCCCGCGGAGGGGCCGGCCGGAGCCACCGGGGCCGGGAGGAGGACGAGGAGGAUGAAGAUGUGGAUCUGGCCCAGGUACUGGCCUAUCUCCUCCGCAGGGGUCAAGUGAGGCUGGUGCAGGGGGGCGGCGCGGCCAGCCUGCAGCUCAUCCAGACGCUCUCCGACUCGGAUGAGGAUAACGACAGCGCCUGGGAAGGACGGCUCGGAGACCGCUACAAUCCUCCGGCUGACCCGACCCCCGACACGCGGGAUCUGGAGCGAAAUGAAAUCAAGACCCAGGUGGAGCUGGCCACGGGGUGUCUGGGACCGAGGCGGGCCGCCCGAGAACGCAGCCUCCCCCGCCUGCUCCAACAGAGGGAGCGGGGCCUCUGCGACCAUGGCGGUUUCUCCCCCGGAGAGCGGUCCAGGGUCGUGUCUCAUUUCCUGCCCAACCACCUGGGCUUCACGGACUCCUUCAACCAGAAGGCCUUCUGCGGCAUCUACAGCAAGGACGGUCAGAUCUUCAUGUCGGCCUGCCAAGACCAGACCAUCCGGCUCUACGACUGCCGCUACGGCCGCUUCCGCAAGUUCAAGAGCAUCAAGGCCCGGGACGUGGGCUGGAGCGUCUUGGAUGUGGCCUUCACCCCCGACGGAAACAACUUCCUGUACUCCAGCUGGUCCGACUACAUUCACAUCUGCAACAUCUACGGAGAGGGAGACACCCAUACUGCCCUGGACCUGAGGCCCGACGAGCGGCGGUUUGCCGUCUUCUCCAUCGCCGUCUCCUCGGACGGGCGGGAGAUCCUCGGCGGGGCCAACGACGGGUGCCUGUACGUCUUCGACCGGGAGCAGAACCGCCGCACCCUGCAGCUGGAGUCCCACGAGGACGACGUGAACGCCGUGGCCUUCGCCGACACGAGCUCCCACAUCCUGUUCUCGGGCGGGGACGACGCCAUCUGCAAGGUGUGGGACCGCCGCACCAUGCGGGAGGACGACCCCAAGCCCGUGGGCGCGCUGGCCGGGCACCAGGACGGCAUCACCUUCAUCGACAGCAAGGGCGAUGCCCGGUACCUCAUCUCCAACUCCAAGGACCAGACCAUCAAACUCUGGGACAUCCGGCGAUUCUCAGGCCGCGAGGGGAUGGAGGCCUCCCGCCAGGCCGCCACGCAGCAGAACUGGGAUUACCGCUGGCAGCAGGUGCCCAAGAAAGCCUGGCGCAAGCAGAAGCUGCCCGGGGACAGCUCCCUGAUGACGUACCGCGGCCACGGCGUCCUGCACACCCUCAUCCGUUGCCGCUUCUCCCCGGCCCACAGCACGGGCCAACGCUACAUCUACAGCGGAUGCUCCACGGGCAAAGUGGUCGUGUACGACCUCCUCAGCGGACGCAUCGUGAAGAAGCUGACCAACCACAAGGCCUGCGUGAGGGACGUCAGCUGGCACCCGUACGAGGAGAAGAUCGUCAGCAGCUCGUGGGACGGGAACCUGCGCCUCUGGCAGUACCGCCAGGCCGAGUACUACGGCGACGACCUCCUGCAGGCCGAAGAGCCGCACCCCAAGGCCGCCCCGUCGCCGGCCGACCCCUCCGCGCCGUGCUCCUCCUCCCAGUAGCCCCGUCCCGGCCCUCCUGCUCUGCCCACCACCAUCUCGCAGGGGAGGAGCGGGUGGGACAGCAGGGAGAGGGCCCGGGACGCCUCCGCCCUCACCCCUCCCCGUCAGCCCCGGCCU